UUCCUUGGUGGCAUUCAAUCCCGCUAACGAAAACAAUUGACGAAGUACACGUUUACAAGGGGCAAGAACGCCACUACGAAGAUUCGCCAAUAACAAGUCUGACUUAAAUCGACGAAGUGUAGGCGCAAUUGGGCACGAUUCACUGUGCAUCAAAGUUUAAAUAUAUAUUAACGCCAAAAAGAAGGGCAAUAUUACGGUGUUCAAGUGCACAAACAGAAAAUCGAAUACCAGUGACUAAUCGAAGUCAUUUGAUGACGAGUGUGCGAAAUUAGUUACUAACUUUAACGCGUUAUAAUAUAUUACUUUUAACAAAAUCGAAACAAAAGAUGCAUUCUGACGAAGAGAGCUUGUAUGACCCUGAAGAUGCUGACACAUCCACUCAGGUGCUAGAUGCAGCCGUGGUCGGUGUGGGGAGUAUUGACGGCACACCGUCUACCGAAACCGCAUAUAGCAGUAAUCAAAGUGACGAUACAGCCAGCAAAGAGGGAGUACCUGUAGAGUCUGCUGAUACGGAUAUCAACGCAUCAUCCAAACGACGCUGGUUCAUCUUGGAACCCGCAGUGUUUUUGGUUUUUCUCGCAAUGUAUUUGUCAGGGGCGGUUUAUCAAAACCAAGUUUUAUAUCAGACAUGCGUGGCGAUAUACAAAUACAAUGAAAGCGACUGCCAACCGCUUUUGGGUGUCAGCAGGGAGACGAAAGAAGCACAGCAGUUUACAUGGUUUGGUCAAAUUUCACAUAAAAAGAAGGCGAGAGAAUAGAAGCGCGGUCCAAGUGACAUAAAUGUAGACGAUGUUUAAAUAAAAAAUGUUGUUGCUGAUGCUGCCAAACGAGGGUGUUAUUAACAACAAUUAAUAAAUAUUUAUGAAACAUUAUUAAAUGAUUGUGCUCUUUAAAUUGUGACAAAAUUUAUUAGUCGAUUGUUCUUCUCGGCAGGGAAGCA